CACGCACCGCACACCGCAACGUCCGCAAUAGUAUUACAUGCCCAACUACUAUAUUAUAUUAUAAUACGUACCGCGACCGCAUUUUUUUCACAUAAUAUAUACCAGAGAUACCAAUAAUAUAAUGGUAAUAUCAUACAUUUAGUACACCUACGUAGUAACAGUAGUAGUGGUAGUAGCAGUGCAAUUUUUUUUUCGCAUAUUUAAAUACCCUCGUGUGUGUGUGAAUCAUUCGCAGUAUUAGACGUACGCAUCACUCUCGCGACGAGUCUCCGUCACACGGCUUGCGUUUUUUUUCUUUUUCAUUAUAAAACGGUACAGUUUAGGUACACGUCACGCGUUCAAAUAUAUCUAUAUAUAUAUAUGUAUGUAUAAACGGAUACAUAACGUUUACAAUAUAUAUUUUAUUUCGCGAGUGCGGCCUGUACGCAUACUAUAUAUAGUAUAAAGCUCUGGUUUCGGAGACUCGUUUAGAUCACAUCGCAUUUGCAGUGCACCGCGAUCGUUCCACGCGCGCCGGAACGAUUCCAUUUUUUCGAUGGGAUUUCGCAAUCCGUACGUGUUGAUACUGUCGGUCGAUUACAAGUUGCGCGCCAAACUGAUGCCACUGAGGUCUUGAUAUAUAUAUAAAUAUAUAUACAUACACUUCGCAUACGAAUAUAUAUAUUACACGAUUCAGGGACUACAUUGGAAUUCAAGAGUAAAAACCGAAAUCCAUAAACUUCGACGACUCGAACCGUGUCGAGUCAUCAUCGCGUUUGAACGUUAUUGAACGCAUACAACAACAUAAACGAAGACAGAUACAACACUUGGCAGAAAAUGGCUUGGAUCAAACGCGAUCGCGGAGAUAAAGCAAUGCAGCAGAUGACGUUCACGAUCGACAUGCCCAUCAGCGAGGACCAGGUGGCCGAGCUGUACGGUGAAGGCGCCCGGAUCCACAGCGUACACCACAGGUCCAGGCCGGAGCAGUCCGUGUUCGCGUCCACAAUGUCGUCCAACGCCUCGGUGGACACGACGGUGGGCUCGACCGCGGCGCUCAUACACAGCCACGCGGCCAAAGUCAAGAAGAAGAAGUACGCCUUCCUCAGGCAGGGCCACAGCGGCGGCACCGCCCAGCAGUCCGCUUCGGCCGCGGCCAACAACGGUUACGUGACCGGCCGGCACUGCCGGGACGCCGCCAUACACAGCCAGAAGGAGCUGAACAUCCGGCUGGCCACGCCCACGGUGCCGAACUUCAUCGAUCAGAUACUCAAGAAGAAACAGGCCACCGAACAGGUGUCCGCCAAGCGUCUGAGCAGCGACGACGACGACGACGACGACGACGACUGCGACGACGACGACCGGGACGACGAGGAGGACGACGUAUUCCUGCAGGACCUCAAGUCCGCCGCGAAAAUCCGGACGUCGCAGAACACAUACGUCCCACAGAUCCUUGCUUCGUUAACAGUAUCAUUAUGCUCAAUGGUAGUUGGAUUCGCGUCCGCCUACACAUCACCAGCCUUACCGUCUAUGAACAGACCGGGCAGUCCGCUGACUGUAUCCGAAGAAGAAGGUUCAUGGAUCGGCAGUCUUAUGCCACUGGCAGCACUAAUCGGUGGCAUGGCCGGCGGGCCCCUUAUCGAAUCCAUCGGUAGAAAAACCACGAUACUUGCUACCGGGAUACCUUUUAUUAUUUCCUUUAUUCUGAUAGCGAUGGCUGUUAACGUGCAAAUGGUAAUGGCUGGUCGGGCUAUAGCCGGAUUUUGUGUAGGAGUGGCUUCAUUAGGUCUUCCCGUAUACUUAGGAGAAACAGUACAACCUCAAGUCAGGGGAACGUUGGGUCUUUUGCCCACCACCCUCGGCAACAGCGGAAUUUUGUUGUGUUUUAUUGCUGGCAAAUACCUUAAUUGGCAGAUGCUUGCUAUCCUCGGUGCUUGUAUCCCUAUACCGUUUUUGGUGUGCAUGUUCCUCAUCCCCGAAACCCCGCAAUGGUACAUAAGCAGAAACAAAAGCAAGAAAGCGAAGAAAGCUCUUCAGUGGCUGCGGGGAAAGGACGCGGACGUAACACAAGAAUUCAGUGAGAUCGAAAAAGCUAAUCACAUGGGCAAAAACGAAGAAAUGCCCGGAUAUCUAAGUUUAUUCUCCAAGAUGUACUCGAAACCCUUGCUUAUAUCUAUGGGACUCAUGUUGUUCCAACAGCUUAGCGGAAUCAAUGCUGUCAUUUUUUACACCGUCAAAAUUUUUAAGGAAGCGGGAAGCACCAUCGACGAAAACUUAUGCACCAUCAUUGUGGGUAUCGUCAAUUUCAUGUCUACUUUCAUUGCAACCGGUCUCAUCGACAAGCUCGGUCGCAAGAUCUUACUAUACGCGUCCAGCGCUACGAUGGCGAUCACGCUCAUUACUCUCGGAACAUUUUUCAACUACAAAAACAGUGGUUACGACGUGUCUCAGUACGGAUGGUUGCCUUUGGUCAGUUUCGUAUUUUUCAUCAUCGGGUUUGCUAUUGGCUUCGGGCCAAUUCCAUGGCUGAUGAUGGGUGAAAUUUUGCCAGCCAAAAUCCGGGGCACUGCUGCUUCAUUGGCAACGGCUUUCAACUGGGCUUGCACAUUCGUAGUCACCAAGACGUUCUCCGACUUAUUGCGGGUCUUCGGCACAGACGGCACCUUUUGGAUGUUUGGAGGCAUAUGUCUGAUGGGUCUGGUAUUCAUCAUAUUUUGCGUACCCGAGACCCAGGGCAAGAGUCUCGAGGACAUCGAACGCAACUUGACCGGAGUAGGCAAAGGCCCGGUCAGACAAGUGAGAAGGAUGAGCUCGAUAGCGCAUCUAAAACCACUUCCGAUGGCCAUCUAAACGACAGGAAAAAUUAUAACAUUUUAUUAUGUAUUAACUAUGUAAGAAAAUCGGCGUAUAUAUAUAUAUAUAUUAUAAUAA